AUUUAACAAACGGAUAACAACCUCAUCCUAAACCCAUACAAUAUUAUUUUUGCAGAGCUUAUAUAUGUUUCUCUGUUUUAUGGAUUGCUUCUGCUUCUUCAUGUGAGUGAGGAAAGGAAUUCAUCUUCUUCAGGGGUGUAUAUACAUUUGAAUCAUGCCAAUUACUGGGUUGUGUAUCUCUUGUGAACCAUCUAAGCUACCUUUAUUUCCAUAUGGUGCUGCUGGUUCCAACAACAAGUCUCCGAAAUUUCGAGACCCCAAAAGCAACAAAAGGUUUGAAAUACCAAACCCAAAACUAGAUCCCCAACAUUCAAAAACAGGUCUUCAUCUACUUAAGCUCCAACAAGGCCUAGAGUCAUGCUCAAAUAUAGAUGAACUGAGGCAAUAUCAUUCCCAGAUUAUAAGACUUGGCCUUUCGGAAGAUAAUGAUGCCAUGGGCCGGGUUAUCAAGUUCUGUGCAAUCUCAAGAAAUGGUGAUUUGAGUUAUGCAUUGAAGGUAUUUGACAAAAUGCCUCAUCCGGACACCUUUAUUUAUAAUACAAUAUUUAGGGGUUAUGUGCAGUUUCAGCUCGCCAAAGAGUGCAUAGAUUUGUAUUUACAAAUGCUGCAAAGUUGUGUUUCGCCUAACAAGUUUAGUUUCCCUCCGGUCAUAAGAGCUUGUACUUUUGACAAUGCUAUUCAUGAAGGCAAGCAAGUACAUGCUCAGAUUUUGAAAUUUGGUUAUAGUUCAGAUGGGUUUUCUCAAAACAAUUUGAUUUAUAUGUAUGUGAGCUUUAAGAGUUUAGAUGAAGCAAGAAAGGUCUUUGACAAGAUGCCACACCCAGAUGUUGUCUCGUGGACAACGUUAAUUAGUGGUUAUUCUCAGUUGGGAUACAUUGAUGAUGCUCGUAAAGUUUUUGAUUUGAUGCCAGAGAAAAACCCUGCUACCUGCAAUGCAAUGAUAGCAGCGUAUGUCCAAAGCAACCAUUUCCAUGAAGCGUUUAUGUUGUUUGAUGAAAUGCGAUCCAAUCAUAUCAAAUUAGACAAAUUUGUGGCGGCUAGUAUGUUAUCAGCUUGUACAGGGCUAGGAGCAUUGAAACAAGGGGAGUGGAUACAUGAUAAUAUCAAGAAAAGUGGAAUAGAAAUCGACCCAAAACUUGCAACAACAAUCAUUGAUAUGUACUGCAAAUGCGGUUCUCUUGAAAAGGCAUUUGAAACAUUCAAUGGGUUACCGAGCAAAGGAGUUUCCUCAUGGAAUAGUAUGAUUGGGGGAUUUGCAAUGCACGGAAAAGGUGAGGCAGCCAUUGAUCUUUUCAAGAAAAUGGAAAAUGAGUCGGUACCUCCAGACUACAUUACAUUUGUCAACUUGCUAAGUGCAUGUGCUCAUUCAGGGUUAGUCAAAGAAGGUCAAUACUAUUUCCUAUACAUGGUCAAGGUUCAUGGUAUUUCGCCAGGAAUGGAGCAUUAUGGAUGCAUGGUUGACUUACUUGGGCGGGCAGGAAUGUUAGACGAAGCAAUGAAGCUAAUAAAAGAUAUGCCCAUGAAUCCGGAUGUGGGUGUGAUGGGUGCACUUCUCGGAGCAUGUAAAAUACAUGGAAACAUCGAGUUGGGAGAAAAAAUAGGGAAAAAGGUCAUUGAACUAGAACCUCAUAAUAGCGGGCGAUAUAUAUUACUAGCAAAUAUAUAUGCAGCCGCUGCUAAAUGGGAAGAAGUAGCCAAUGUUAGGAAGUUGAUGAAUGACCGGGGAGUGAAAAAAGCACCGGGCUUUUCACUAAUUGAAAUGGGAGGCAGUGUUAACGAGUUCAUUGCAGGUGGGAGAGAUCAUCCAGAAUCCAAAGACAUAUAUGCAAAGGUUAACCAAAUGUUGGAGAGUAUCAAAUUUAUCGGUUAUAAGCCAGAUUCCGACAGUUUGUUGCAAGAAAUUACCGAAGAGGAGAUGGAAAACCCGUUGUUUUACCACAGUGAGAAACUAGCAAUUGCAUUUGGUUUGUUAAAAGCAAAACCAGGUGAAAUUCUAAGAAUCACCAAGAAUUUGCGGGUGUGUAAAGACUGUCACGAGGCGAGUAAACUGAUUUCAAAAUUCUUCAGACAGGAAAUUAUCGUGAGAGACAGAAGUCGAUUUCAUCAUUUUAAAGAAGGGGUUUGUUCUUGUAACGAUUACUGGUGAUUCUAGCUGGGACUAAAUAGUUGUCAACUGUUCUGUACUAAUAAAUGUAUAAAUUAAACCAAAAUUUUGAAAAUAUUAGGAGUCAUGCGAUUCAUUUUUUCUAUCA